GCUGCUUGUACAAAAUUCAGAAUAUUAUUAGGCUAGUAUUCAGUCUUCAGAGUUGCUGAUAAACCUGCUCGAGUCUCUUGCAAAGUAACUUACUGAAUGCAAAUCACAGGGGGAAAAAACACGCCUUAGAUUUGUCAAUUUGGCGAUCUACAGCUUAACAGUAGAGAAACGCGUCAGACCAUAUUAACUGUCUUCAAACAUUUAGGGGGAACUGCACUGCAUUUCCACGCAGGCACUCGCGUGAACCAGCUCUACACAUCCUGCUUGGGGUCCUUCACAGCAACACCCUUCCAAGAUGGCAGCCAACAGUAGCAGCACGGGCAGCAAAUCCAGCAACAGCGCCGGUGGAAAACAGUCCGGCCCGUCUGCUGAACAGGUGGUGGCAACAUUUCAGAGGAUGCGUCAGGAGCAGCGCAGUAUGGCUUCUAAAGCUGCAGAGUUGGAGAUGGAGAUCAAUGAGCACAGCUUAGUAAUUGACACCCUGAAGGACGUGGACCCGUCAAGGAAAUGCUUUCGUCUAGUAGGAGGAGUGCUGGUGGAGAGGACGGUAAAAGAAGUUCUACCAGCCUUGGAAACCAACAAAGAACAGAUCUCCAAAAUAAUAGAGUCCAUCAACACACAGAUGCAGUCGAAAGGACGGGAGCUCACAGAGUACAGGGAACGUUACAACAUCCGGUUGGUGGGAGAGGGCGAAGGAGAAGCACAAGGCCAGUCGGCAGCAUCUUCCAGGGACAGCGAAGGAGGCGGGUCUAAAAGCGGAGCUGGCGUUUUAGUGUCCUAGCUUGUAGUAAUAGAGGGUGACAGCAGGGCCUUGUGAUUUCUGCAGUACUGAAAACGUAGUUGGAGUCACAAAAUGUAGGUUUUCACUUUUCACCGUAUGAGUUUGGUUUUGGAGAUUGGUGACAUGUGUGCUAAACAUAAUGCACUUGGUAUUGAAGUACUUUGCUUAUGUUCGUGAAUGCAUGUGUGUAAAAAAAAUAAAUAAAUAAAUAAAGUUAAGGAUGUUUGUCAUACAUUUGCCUUUAAGCGGAGCUGACUUUUAGUUUCUGAAAUUCUGUGGCACAAAUUAAAAAAUGUAAUUAAAAUCCUGA